AGGGAGGGGAGCGGGAUCCCGCUGAGGUCUCCCUGCCGCGCUGUGCGUGCGCGCGUGCGUGCGUGUGCAGGGGGCGGGACCCAGUUAGGGCAGUGACCCCAAGGUGCGUCGGGACGGAGAGUCGCACAGCGGAGUUUGGCCGGUCCAUCCGCAGAAUUGUCUUUCCCCAGUCCCAAAAGAGAGGGGCGAGAUGGACGGGCUCCUGACUCCCAGGGAGUCCGCAAAGUUCAUUGCGGAGCACAGUCGAGAUGUGUUCAUUGAAGGCGGGGGCGUGCGGAGGGUUGCGGAGCUGCUGCUCGCCAAGGCCUCGGGACCCGAGCUGAGCCUGGGAGGCUGGAAGGCCCUUCACGACCUGAACCCCAAGGCGGCCGACGAGGCGGCGGUCAACUGGGUAUUCGUUGCAGACACACUCAACUUCUCCUUCUGGUCGGAGCAUGAUGAGCGCAAAUGUCUGGUGGGGUACAGAGGGAGACCGUACAGUGGGUACUGGUCCCUGUGCGCCGCCAUCAACAGAGCCCUGGAUGAAGGGAUACCAAUAACUAGUGCUUCCUACUAUGCCACAGUGACCCUGGAUCAGGUUCGGCAUAUACUCCGUUCUGACACAGACGUUCCCAUGCCUUUGAUAGAGGAGAGGCAUCGGAUUCUCAAUGAAACUGGGAAAAUUUUGCUUGAGAAGUUUGAAGGCUCUUUCCUUAAUUGUGUCAAAAAAAGUGAAAAAAGUGCACAGAAGUUAAUGCAUCUGGUAGUUGAAAACUUUCCCUCUUACAGAGAUGUGACUGAGUUUGAGGGGAAAAGAAUUUCUUUUUACAAACGGGCCCAAAUCCUCGUGGCAGAUACGUGGAGUGUGUUAGAGGGAAAGGGAGAUGGCUGCUUUAAGGACAUCUCCAGUAUUACCAUGUUUGCUGACUACAGAUUACCUCAGGUUCUUGCUCACCUGGGAGCCCUGAAAUACUCUAAAGAACUACUGGAGAAGCUCCUCAAAGGAGAAAUGCUCUCAUAUGGGAGUAGGCAAGAGGUGGAAAUCAGAGGAUGCUCACUUUGGUGUGUUGAGCUGAUCCGGGAUUGUCUUCUGGAGCUUAUUGAAAAAAAGGGUGAAAAAACUAGUGGAGAGAUCAAUUCCAUUCUUCUGGAUUAUUACUUAUGGGACUAUGCCCGUGAUCACAGGGAAGAUAUGAAAGGAAUUCCAUUUCAUCGAACACGUUGCAUAUAUUACUGACCCAAAGUGUAAACUGAUCCAAAGAAAACUGCUUGCAUUUUUAUAUCACAUAAUCAUAUAUACAAUUUCACCUUGAUAUAAAGAGAAGGUGGUGGGGUUACAGCAACAAGAACACUGAUUACCCAGUCUCACUUAAAAAAUUUCUCCUGACGUAUCACUCUGUAUUCCCAAAUUUAUUCUUUAUCUGCUUGUUUAGUUUUGACUCUAUUUUCCCUUUUUAUGGACACAUGACAGAAAUAGUGAAGAAACUUUAAUGCUUUAAAUCUCAUAUUUCUUAAAAUUAAUCAUGUCUUAUAAUUAAUCUUCAGUGACUAUUUCAUCUAUGCAAUUGGUAUCUUUUCUCAAGGUGUAAUUUUCUGUAUCCUUUAGUCAUAGGAUAUGAGAGGGGGUUGGGUAGGGUCUUUGCUCUAUAAAUGCUGCUGCUCUUAUAAGAAAAUCAAUCUUGAUUUUUCAACUUUUUAUUGGUAAUGACAGUGGGUUUUAUACAUAAUGAUUUCAAAUUACAAUAUCAGUCUGUCUAGUUUUUUGUUUUUCUUUAGGGUAUGUAACUACAUUGAAAUUGAAUAAACAUUUUAAAAACUUUUCUUAAA